AUGAGGGUUCAGGGCUGGGAUCCCGUCCUGAUAAUCUGCCAAGUCAGCUCCUUCUCCCCUCUGGACCACAAAGUCUCCUUUACUGACCCUCGGCAGAUAGUCUCCCUCCAAGCAAUCCACUACCUGACCCUCUCCCUCCUGACCCCAUCCCUCCUCUCCCUUCUCACCUCUCCGCCACUCCUCGAAUACUCCGGCGGACCCAGUACAGUCGCGCACAUCCUGGACUGGCGGGAGAUGGCUGGCCGCCCGACGAUCUCUUCCGCCGCUUUUGGCGAUAUACACCGGCACGCCCAAUUGUCAUCUUCUGCCACUUCAGGGUUGGGCGGGUGGAGGUAUCUCGGCGGCGCGUGGGCGGGGGGGAAGCACGUAGGUGUUGUAGAGGGGGAAGAGGGGAUUGGGGCGGGUACGAAGGGAAAGAUGGGCGCGGAUGAGCAGGAGGAAGUGUGGGAUUUCGGGGUGGAUGAUGGACGGGGGUGGGUGGAGGCGGGGUUGUGGCUCCUCGCUUCUGCUGUGGAUAUCGUACCCCUGUACUACCUCGUCCGACGCCCGACAUUCAUCCUCGACUUUUCCCUGACCCUCAACCUCGUACAUCUGAUACUGACGACCUACUACGCCAAAGCAUUCCCUACGAGUCUGUUCUACUGGGUCAUACAGGCUCUCGGAGCGCUGUUGAUGAUCACAAUAGCGGAGCAGCUCUGUGUCAAGCGGGAACUAUCGUCAGAUCUCGAGGUGUCAACAUACGAGCCCGUCUCGCGCGAAGAAGAGGGGAUACCACUGCAGCAGCGGUAG